AUCAGUUCUAGUCAGUAUGUCAAUUCUAAGUGAGUUCAUUGUAGUUUCUCUAGGCAUUUGCCUAAUUAUGGGCCAACUGGGUUCUCAUGCCCAGCCAGUCGAGGAUCAAGCAGCGAGAUCGAAACGAUAUGAUUGGUUCUCCAGCCUUUUUGGAGAUUUCUAUGACGAUAGCGGUUCAGAGGAAUACUUGAUUUGUCGCAACUGCACAGUGGUUGUUAAUAGCCAGACAACUGCUCCGAUUGCAGCUACAACUGCUGCACCAGCCGCAACUACAGUUGGUCCUGCGGCUGCUAGUGCUGCACCCCCAAUGGGAACUACAGCCGCAACGCCAGCUACAUCUCCAGCAGCUGGAGCUCCAGCAACCCCAGCUGCAGCUCCACCAGGAAAUUAACUAUCAAUAAGUUAACCUUCAGACAAAUAACUUUUCGUUAGUUAUUAGAUUUAUUAUAAGAUUAAGAUUUUUCAUAUUCGGGUUUCGGUUUUGGUUAUAUGUUUAAGUCUAGAACUCAGUAAUCGUCAGUAGAGAUUUCUUACCAAAGGCAGUUAAAUUUGAAAACCUGACUAACUUCGAGCUACAGAAUUUACCAAAAACACUUUUCUAUACGACAAAGAUUGUUCCAUUUUGUGACGAAUUUUUAAAAUAUUUAUGCAAAUUUGAUCGCUUUUUACUAUUUUAAACUUUAUAAGCUCCCUUUUUUCUUAUUUCUAGGUUUUUGAACUUAAAAGAUAUUCUUAGUUUUAGAUAUUAGAGAUUUUAAAAUGUCUGAAUAUCCCUGACUUUGCGAGUAAAACUAUAAGUCAGAAGUUGAAAAUCAUGUAGAUUUUUUGAGUACGAAUUUAAAAUUGGCAUUACUAACUCGGAACAACAAUUUAUCCAUAUUAUAUACUUUAUUCACUUAUAACGAUUUUUAUCUUUGCUUUAUCGGGAUACCGUAUACGAUUCAAUAUACAUUUAUUAUAUAAAUUAUAUGGUAAUGGGCUUAGUUUAGUUUCAAUAAAUUUUGUAUUCAGUAAGAAAGUUA